GGAGAAACGUAAACGAAGUGCCACACGGAAGGCUACAACUAGAUGAGAUUGCUGACGUACCUCUACUAGUUGAAAAGAAUGGCGUCACUCGUCUGAUAGCUUCUCAAAGGAAGAUCCAAACGAGUCCAAUAGUGAAAAAGUGAAUGUCAAUCUUUGCGUCAAGGAAGCAAGCAAGCUGGUCUUCGCUCAUUUCAUCUUAAUCUUUCCACGGCUCAGCAGGCCUCGGGCCGCCCUUGCCUCAGUAGCUGAUGUCUUAUGCCGUAUAAUGCUUCUUGCAUUCGUAUAAUACAUCACACGACACUGCGGCGCAGAAACGAAUGCACAGAGGAGUGGGAGCAGCUACGAGGCGAAUUAUGAUGGAUGCGGUCCUACUUCUGGUGCGGUCGCCAUGGCCUCGUCCAUGCGCGAUUAUCCUGCUCGGCAUUGCAUGCCAGAUUUUGCUGUCAGCGCAACGAGGGUGCGCUACUAAGCACGUUCCAAGAACUCAUGUUGAGCCAAACGACAUGGCAGUGAUAUCGCACGACUCGGACUCGGCUCUGAACCUCCGCAGCGGCGACCAUCGAGAACAUGGUCCCCCGUUUGACCCGCAUGAUCACAGUGAAAAUGAUUAUUCCCGCGACCGCCACCACCAGCGUCUUCACAAUGAUCUGGACCUGCAACAUAAGCAUAAUAUGCGUCAUCAACAAACCCGGUCUGGGCACAGACGGGACGGGUGGGGCGACGGCGACGCUGGAGACAGGAUAAAGUCCGCGGAUCAUCUUCUUCAAAACGCGGAAAGAGGGACGAAGAACGCGCAACGCAGACACAGAAACAGUGCAAGUCAUCGCGUUGCGUCUUCUUCUUUCGUGUCGAAAGCACAUCAUCAUCAUCUUCAUCAGGCCGCGGCAGCCGCUAUGGAAUGCAAAUGUGUUCGAAUCUGGAAACUUGCCGUGCAGAAAUGUGGAUGAGUAAAACAAUAACACAUCCGAAUGCAGCCGAGUCGUGUGACAAGUUGAAGUUUGUGGAGGACUUUGCUUUCUCGUAAUGCGUGGCCCGCACAGAGUUCUACUACGUUUUUGUAUGAUAAGUAGAGAGAUCGUGGCUGCCCUUGACCUUGUGAUGGUGGUCAUCCAAAAGUAUAUAGAUUUCGUAUUGAUGUUCACAUGAGUGUAAAUUCCCGUGUGUCAUCAAGUUUUGACUUUGCAGAUCCACACUCACACAUAUUUGCACUUGAUAGCCUCCCAGCAACAACGGGUGGGUGCGAACGUGACAGUGAACUUGACGGCGAAUAAUACCGGCGCAACGAUUUCUGUCAUUUCACAGGUUGGUGCCAAGGCGGGCACGCAGAUGAAUGCUACGGGGACAAACCUGUCCAAUGCCACCUCCCAAACCCAAGCUGCGGACGACCCGAACAGUCCCGCAGUGCGAAACGCGAAACUUGCGCUCACGCACUGUCGGGUGUUUGCCCCCCCGAACGGCUUCGCCAACUACUUCUCGAAUCCGCUGGAGGUUCCGGUAUCCGAGGAAGCCACCACGGUGACGCAGUCGACAACGCUGGACGCUGCGGGGACGAGCAUCCCCACCUCUUGCCCCAUUGCGGCCUCCUCGGAUUUCAACAACGAACUCGUGGUGAGCGAGAACCAAACGGAUUUCUACGCGUGGAUCCCGCUGCACGCUUCCUGCAUGCACCUGUGCAACCCCGGGCACGCGGCCGGCUCCUCGAAGUCCACCGAACAGAUGCUGCAGUGCGACAAGCUGGUGGACUUCCGGCUGGGCGACUGCUACCAAAACUACUGCGACCCAAACGACAUCGUCUUGCCGCAGCAUUCCCAUCUGUGGGGCUGUGUGCAUCAGAGCCUGAACGGGUCGCUGUGUCGAGCACAAUGUAAGCGAAUUAAAGCUAUUUGUUUUGUGUUUUUUCAUCAUGGCCAUGGGUGGAACCAUAAUGCCGCGGUGGUAGUUUUGAAGAUGUUUGAGGCAGUAAAAAAACGAAGCUGCUUUCUUGCUUCCAAAAAUGACACGUCUUUCAUACCCAGCACGCGCACGUUUACAUGUUCGUUCCGUGAGGAAGGCAGAAAAAGAGCCGAAAAAUCAUGGAUGGCAUCAACAUAAACAUAUCUGAGGUGACAAGGACUACGAGUCGACCGUUGCGCCUAGGCCCUUUGUGUGCUUUAUCGACGAGGAAGUCCGCCUUGGGUUGUGGCGCAGUGGCGAUCUCAACUGUGUUUACAGCGUCUGGGCGAUUAUUCGCAAGCUGUUUACCUUUGUCUGCUUCGUCUCACUUUUCGGAAUGCUGCUGACGCUAAUUGGUCUUAUUCCGCCUUUCUUCCUACUGCAGCUGAUCGUUCCGACGCUGCGAACAGUAGGGCAGAAGGGGCUGACCCUGGGUGCGGACCAAACGAAACCGCCCGAAACGAAGGAGCAGAAGGAAAUCAGAGACCUGAAAUUCAUCAAGCGAUCUUUGAGUCGCCGUGGCAGCGGCUCUUCCUUGCUCGCGAGUCCGCAGUCGCCCGCUGGUGCGCCAUCUUCCAUAGGUGGCUCUCCAGCGACGAGUCCUGCUUUGGCGAAGCCUGCUGCAACCGGCGAAGGCGAAACUUCUCCGAUAAAACCAAGUGGAAAAGCAGUGGCUGCAAAACCGAAGGUAGCGACAUCUGCUGGCACGAAAAGCUCUGUAGCUGCUAAAAAAGCUGCUGUCACCGUAGUUCCCGGAACGACAGCUGCCGCUGGCCUCGCGACAACAUCAACAGUUCCGAAAGACGCAGGCGUUCCGUCAGGGAAAGCGAAACCAAAAGCCGCAACUGCAAAACCAGCACCAGCCAGCUCCACUGCACCACAAGCCGCCAAGACGUCGCCUCCUGCAGUCGCAGCGAAGAAAGCCGCCGCUCCGGCGGGAGGAGGAGCCAAAACUGCCGCCGCUGUGACGGCAAAAAAAACAACUGCAGGCGCAAUAGCACCAAAGGCGAAAGUUGCUUCAUCCCCCGAUACUGCAGCCAUCUCUGCUUCUGCUCCACCAACUGCUGCGGCUGCCGUCGCGAAACCCAGCGCGGCGGUCACUACUUCAUCUUCUGCCGAAAUGAAGCGACCAAGUGAACAGGGAGCAGAUGCCGCAAAAGCCACUGCGGUUGCGUCCUCUUCAUCUGGAAGUAGUAGCGACGACUUCGGCCUCGACAUGCCUGCACCCAAAAAGACUGCAGUGCCUGCCGCUAAAAAAGCGAAAACAGAGGACGCGGCAGAGAAGAAAAAAGAAGGCGACGAAGAGAAAUAUCUCGAGCCGUCAUCAUCUUCCUCAAGUAGUGACGAGCUCGGAUUGGAUAUGCCGGUUGCAACCGCAAAAAAACCUGCUGCGGCGAAUAGUACCGACGCGGGCCAGAAAACACAAUCUGGCGGAAGCAGGGAGAAAAACAAAGAAGAAAGUGAUACAGGACAGGGCGCCGUCACGAGCAGUGACGACAGUAGACUGUAAAGAUGAUCUGAUAUCCCAAAAUCAAAAUGUUGUAAACGCAAACUAGAUGUAGAUUUGAUGAAAAGAAAAUCCAACGAGCAAAAAGAAGUGCGAAAAACGCGAGGGCGGGACAUCGGACAAAAGUUGGAAGAUGUAAACGUUAGAGCAGGUAUCUAAGUAUCUGUAUGAUGAUUGAUGGAAAUGAAAUUGAAAUCGAGAUGCAACAACGGGACGGCCAACUGCAAGAUGACACUGACAACAGGAGAACAAAAGAAAAGACGAUAAAUGAAAACGGGACAGUUUGCAACCUGUUAUCUUUUCGAUGGAG